UUCAUUCGGUUUGUACUGGUUAUCCUGUAUUCACAAUCUUUCCUCAAUGGUGUUUGUAUUCUAUAAAAGAGGAUUGGGAGGACGGCAUAUAAGUAGUGGGAAGAAGGGUAAGCCAGAAAGGUGAGGUUUAGGAUAGGGUUCAAUGGGUCUUCAAGGGGUCUCCCUAAUCACUGCAAUAUUAGUCCUGUUUCUCCUGUUGGUUAGUUAUGUUGUAGAAGGAGAAAUGGCUACUUUAUCCAGAGAAGAUGAUUUGGAACUGGACAGACAACUCAAACUUCUCAACAAGCCAGCCAUCAAAAGUAUUCAGACUCUACAUGGGGAGAUUUUCGAUUGUGUUCAUAUCAAUAAGCAGCCUGCAUUUGAUCAUCCACUGCUUAAGAAUCAUACAAUUCAGAUGAGACCUAGUUUGUUCCCAGAAGGGAGGAUAGAUAGAGCUUCAUCAAGGGCUAGGCAUCCACAGAUUAAGCUACCCAGUGGGGGAUGCCCGCAAGGAACAGUCCCCAUCAAGAGGACUACAAAGGAAGAUCUGAUAAGGGCUAGAAUGAUCUCAAUUGAAACUAAUACUUCUAAUAAUCAGUUCCAUUCACUUUAUCCCUAUGGUGCUUAUCAUAAAGCAGGAAUCAAAACAACAGGAAAUGAGGCCUAUUAUGGGGCUAAAGCAAGCAUCAAUGUUUACAAUCCACCAGUUGUAGGCUCUAACCAAUAUACUCAAGCUUUGAUGUGGAUCUAUAAUGAUGCUCCUGACCAUGACAAUUGUAUUCAAGUAGGAUGGGCGGUGGAUCCAAUAAUUUUCGGGGACAAUAAAACUCGAACGUAUGCACGAUGGAAAGUAGAGGGAUCAGGUUGUUGGAAUACUAUUUGCCCAGGUUUUGUUCAAGUUAAUCAAUUUGAUCCAGUUGGGGGCAUCAUAGAUCCAGUUUCUACCUUCAAUGGUUCGCAGUAUUUAAUUACCCCCAAUGUCUUUAAGGACCAACUAACUGGAAAUUGGUGGCUAUUAUAUGACGAACGAAAUAUAGUUGGAUAUUGGCCCAAGGCCUUAUUCAAUAGUUUAGAUGCCUUUGCAACUGGAAUAGCAUGGGGUGGAGCAACUCACAGGAACAUGAAUGAAUCUAAUAGCCCACCCAUGGGAAGUGGAGCUUACCCAGAGGAAGGCUUUGGGCGUGCAAGCUUCAUAGGAGACAUUCAAGUUGUGAAUGAGGUUGGCCAAUUUGUGGCUUUAAAUCAAUCUUCCAUUACCACUUACACAGACAAACCAUGCUAUGAUGUGGGCCUCAACUAUAUGGAUUCAUGUGGGCUUUAUUCGUUUUAUUUUGGAGGCCCAGGUGGCCAUUGUGAUCACUUUACUCUGUGAUUACUGAUGCCACUUCUCACUUUGGUUGUUUCUUUAGUUACACUAUUCAUUGCCCAAAUGACAUUUAAAAUAAGAUGAAGGUUAUAUAGACUGUUCCUCUUCUGAAGCUUUUAAGGGCAGUGAAGAGGCCCCUUUCUUCUUUCUUUUCACUUAAUUUGUUUCUAUUAUCUUAGCAAAGAGAACCCCAUAGUUUGC